AUUGACCAAAUACAUUUGUUGAAACAAGAUCGUUAUUAAAAACGAAAAAAUGAAGUUAAUUCAUUCGGGAUUUUUUUAUUUAACUUUUAUUUCAUUAUUAUUUGCUCUUCUAACGCCAGAAGUGGAAGCAAGAAGAAAAAUAUUAAGAGGUCGUAAAACAUUAACGAGAACGUAUCUAAGAGAUACUGGUCUUCCAGCAUGGGCAAUAGUAUUGAUAUCAGCCAUCUGUGAAAUUGUUUUAGGUCUAAUACUAUUUUUUGUGCUGAAAAAACUUAUUCUCGAUCAAGCCCUUCAAGGUCAAUAUCAAGUAACACAAACUAAUGAUGUAUAAUGUUUAGGAUUACGCUGAAUUUGUAAUUAGUUUAUAAUACCAUUUUACCACACAAACUCUGGAGGAUGCAUUUGGAAGAAUAUUUGUAAAACCUAAAAACAAUUUAUUAAUAUUAAAAGAAGCUCCA